AUGGCGGACAGCGACCUCUCUGACAAUGAGCCUACGACGCGAACGCUGCUGCGACACGUGCUGGACACCGAGGCCCCGCGCACCCCGCGGCGACGCCAGAGCACUCGGGCUGGUGUCCAGAGAGCCCAGCCUGAAUCACCUUUCUCUAUGAGGUUGAGGAGCCAAACAAAGACAACUCCCAGGCGGCAGUCCCACAGAGCCAGGUCUAUUGGCAGAUUGGCCCCCCACAUUCAAACCAAGGGACAGCUGAAGGAACAGACACCCCGGACUCUGCUUGAGAAUAUCCUAUUAACCGCCCCGGAAUCUUCCAUGGUCAUGCCAGAGUCAGUGGUGAAGCCAGUGCCAGCACCGCAGAUGGUCCAGUUGUCUAGCCGGGAAAGCAGUCCUGGCAGUCCGGACCUGCAACUUCCUGAGCUCAACCCCCCCACAGCCAUGGCUCCAAGUCUGCUGACUUCUGGAAAGAGGAAGAAGAGGCUGAGAUUGUCAGAGUUUCAGCAAGGAAUGGACCAGGGGCUGCCUCUCUCCCAAGAGCCUGUUACGGAGCCUCCUGCGAAUACUGGUGCCUCCUCCCUCACCAGCUCCCUCAACCUGACCUUUGCCACGCCUCUCCUGCCACAAUCAGUGCAGAGGCCGGGUUUGUCCCGCAGACCUCCUCCACGCCGAGCUGUAGAUGUGGAUAUAUUUUUGCAGGAUCUGCAAGAUACUUCUGUGGCCACGGCUCUGCCAGGUGACAGAACCCCUGUUGCUACCCUGCCAACGGACACCGUGUUGGAGGACACUCAGCCUUUCUCCCAGCCUUUGAUUGGCCGUUCCCCCAGUGUGCACCACUCCCUCCCCCAUCCCUCUCUCUCUGCUGAGAGGACUGUCAGUCGCAGGACACGGAGCAGUGGGCCUGGGUUGCAGAACAACAGUCCUGAGAAACCAGCCCAGCUUCUGGCAGGAAAGGCAGAGAAGGUUGAUGCCCUUGCUAUGGGCUUCCCAAACACCAGCAAUGGUACCUCUGCGGAAGAUGAACUAAAGCCCUUAUUGGAUAGAGAUGGUGAGGAGGUAGAGGAAAUAAUGGAAGAAAGCAUGAGCUUGGAUGAAGUGAAAGAAGCAGCAGGAGCACAAGCAUCUGCCAGAGCAGAAGAGCCUGAGGCACACAUGGAAGUGACAGAAGCAGAAGGAGCCUGGGGGGCUAUUGAGGCCAAGGAGCCAGAAAGAUCUUCAAGGGAUAAGGACGCUGAAGGUAGGACAGCAAGGCCAGAGUUGGCCUCCAGCGCCCCGGACAUUCCUCAGGCCAGGCAACUUGAGUUCCUUGAGCCAGCCCCAUCGACUAGUACUGCAGGGUUAUCUGCAGAGCCUCUAUCGGCCAGGCUUCCUACCCGUGUCCGAACUGCUGGCCCCAGACUCCGACAAGAUCCUUAUAAGAUGGGAUUGAGCCACUAUGCUAAGCUCUUCAGUUUCUAUGCUAAAAUGCCCAUGGAGAAGAAAGCUCUUGAGAUGGUGGAGAAAUGCCUGGACAAGUAUUUCCAGCGUCUUUGCGAUGACCUGGAUGUAUUUGCUGCUCACGCUGGCCGCAAGACUGUGAGGCUAGAGGACCUGGAACUGCUGAUGCGGCGGCAGGGCCUGGUCACUGACCGAGUCUCCCUGCAUGUGCUUGUGGAGCAGCACCUGCCCCUGGAGUACCGGCAGCUCCUCAUUCCUUGUGCAUUCAGUGGCAAUACCGUCUUCCCUGCCCAGUAG